UCUAUUUCAUUAAUCACCCCUCAUUCGCAAACUGUUAAAUUACUCAUUUGGUUUCUUUAAACAACAAUACGCCUUCUGACAACAACUUCUGCCGCCCGAUCCCUUCGACCACGGGACGAUCAAACAGCAAGCAAACAAAAUCAAAAACAAGAACAGCCAAAAUACAAUCAGAAAAGCCAAAAAAGCAAAAAACUUCAUCCUCUGUAAACCAUAUUAGAAUCAUCUCUGUUUCCUCAUAAAUAUCCCUUCUAUGUUUGCAGAAAACUGCGCGGCGUCAGAAGAAUGCGAACGACGAAGAGGAAACACAACAGUAAAGAAAAAAUGGAAGCUUUCUCCUCAACAGCCACAGCAGCCACCAUGAAUCAGCCGAAAAAGCGUUACAUGGGAGUCCGGCAAAGCCCAUCCGGUCGAUGGGUGGCAGAGAUUAAAGGCACGACGCAAAAGAUCCGCCUUUGGCUUGGCACCUUCGAUACUGCAGAGCAAGCUGCUCGCGCUUAUGAUGAGGCCGCCUGCCUUCUUCGUGGAGCUAACACUAGGACAAACUUUUGGCCGCGUUCUGCGUCUUCCAUUCUCCCAGCGAAGGUCCUCAACAGACUGCGCAGCCAUAUAGAAACCCAGAGGGAAGCUGGUGCUGAAACGCCUUCGAUGACUGAUGGUCUAGCAAGCCAGAUGGGUGCAGAACCCAUCAACAGAAUGGAUUACAGUGAGGCGAUGAUCAGUGAUGUGUGUAUUUCAAGUACAGCUCAAAGUGGUGAGGAGAAUGAAUUCGGUUUGAGUUUUUGGAAUACAGAGUCGGUCUGCGUUCAUGAUGUGAGGCAGGGGAAAGAGGAGGAAGUGGAUAAGGGGGGUGUUAAUUUGGCAGAGAUGUGGGAAGAACAGUUGGCAUGCGUCUACGCGCCGUUUGAGAUGCCUGUAGUGAUGGAGGAAGCGAGGAGGAAGGCGGAGAUGGAGACUUAUGAGUACUGGUUGAUGCUGUCUUCUGCAGCAAAAGAUGUCCUUGUUUCUUCUUCUUCCUCUUCUUCUUCUUCUUCAUUUUUAUGGUGACAGAGAGUGAGAAUGAAGUAUGAUGGAGUGGUUUGUUGUGAUGGUUUUGAUCUUGGAUGAUUAGUUGAAGAACGUGU